UGUGACUCCAUUCGAUAUAAAUGCUCUCCGAUGAUACAUAUUCAAAUAAUUAUGCUAGUGGCGGAGUGAAAUGGAGACAGCAAUGCGCAAAUGUAACUUUCUUUUAUUCUGCGAAUCGUCAUUAGCGGACACAAUAAUAUUGUUGAAACGGGUGGCCACUUGAGUGAUUAAUCGGUCAGUUGAACAUCGCUGAUAAUUGAUAACUAGAGCACAAGACUGGCAUAAACCCAGUAUUAAUUUUCUACAAUCCUACCUAGAAUUUCCAUUUAUGUGCAGACGCUACAAUUCAUUUUUAUCGCUUGUCUCUCGACAAUUGCGAAAGUACCAAAGAAUAUUUCUGAAAUACAUAUUAUAUAUACAGUUGUACAAAAUAAUAAUAAUAGUCUUGAUAAUAGCAUAUUACAAAAACAUGUUUGCCCAAAUAUAUUUUAUCUGUCUGAUUAAUAAUAAGUGUCUGAUCAACAGUUCACAUAAGAUUGAUUAAACCAUUCUUUAACGAAUUAAGAAAAAUUAAAGAAACCUCUUAUCAUAUAUCCUCUGUUAAAUUCGAGUUCACACAAAUUACACCGUAAAGCACUUACUCAAUUGUAAUUAUUCGUCGACGUUAAACUCGGAUUUGAAACUGUGACGACGCUAUAAUUAAGAUUCUGUGUUAACGAGACGUGAUUUGGAAUUUCGCGAUGGGGAUCACCGUUAAUUUAGAAAUGACACACGCAGCAUUUAAUCCGCGCUUACUAAGAAGGCAAACGUUGGGAUGGGAGUGAGUAAUAUGCAUACAAUGAGAGUGUAUCUUGGCUGCAAGGCGCAAAGCGCCGUGGAGCAUGUUAAAUAAAGCCGCAAGAUAAGUGGCACUCGGAAUAAUAAUUGCGUUACGAUGCCUGGUGUGAAUGUACCAUAGUAUUCCGUGAUGCCUGGGAAGCCUGAAUGGCAAGAAUUCUCCGCGGAGGACACUUCAAUGUCUGGACUCGUUGGAUCUCUGCGCGGCUUGGAGGACAAUUCCGGGAAUGCGAGCCAGUCGUAUCGUAGGAACAGUCUAGCUCUGUCAUUGCACUCGAAUUUGGCCGCCUUCCCGUUAGCGAAUAAUAAUCAAGAGGUAUCGCCGUUUCACGUGGUCGACUCGGCACGAAGAAGAUUCAGCAAUGUCAGCGACGUCGUUUCCAGGAAGAUUUCGCACACGAUCCGAUGGAGAACUGUUUCGGCAUCAGUAGAACUUACCGUGUCACAAGGAUCCUCGCUGUGCGCUCAGUAUAUCCGGAACCGCUUGAAGCGAUCCGGGAUUUUUCAACGAAAACUCGGAUUGAAGAGGAUGAGGAGCGCUAUGCUGCUCCCCGGUGGCACGGUCGUCGGCGAGGUUUAUCCGGAAUUAGUGGCGGUGGGGUCUGAGCUAGAAAAGAUGCAUCCGAAUCUGUUCAAUCGUGUCGCCCGGCAGAUCGGUUGCGGCACUUUCUCGUCGGAACAAGCUGUAACCGAAGCCUUCGUCGAGGUCUCCAGGGAGAUGAUCAGAAUCGGAGAGAUGACUUGGAGCAAGGUGAUAGCCCUUUACGCGGUCGCUGGCGGAAUCGGCGUGGACUGCGUGCGUCAGGGGAAACCUGAAUAUUUGCCGGCAAUUCAGAGAGGUAUGACCGAUGUCUUGGAAGAGGACCUUGCGACGUGGAUACAAGCUAACGGAGGAUGGCCAGCUUUGGUGACACGAUACAGACCCGCGACGAACGAGACGACGUGGUAUUCAAGUAGACUCGUACCGUUAUUUAUACUUAUUACCUUGAUCAUUUUUGUGAUCUCGAUAUUUUUAAAACUUUUAGUGUUGUAAAAUAUAUUAAAUAUAAUUAUACAUUGACAUCGCCUAUUGGUAUAAAA